UCCCCGCGGCAGCGCCGCCCCCGCCGCUCCCGCCUCUCCCCAGCACCAUGGCCGCGGCCCCGGUGCCCGAGGGGGCUCCGGUAGAACCGCACGACAGCAGCAGCAGUGCUGAAUCCCUGGACAGGCUGUAUCCCACCGUGGGCUCCACCAAGCCCCCCCGCAAGCGGACCACCAGCCAGUGCAAGUCUGAGCCCCCGCUGCUGCGCACCAGCAAAAGGACAAUCUACACGGCAGGCCGGCCCCCCUGGUACAACGAGCACGGGACACAGUCCAAGGAGGCCUUUGUCAUAGGCCUGGGAGGAGGCAGUGCCUCUGGGAAGACCACGGUGGCCACCAUGAUCAUUGAAGCUCUUGAUGUCCCAUGGGUGGUUCUGCUGUCCAUGGACUCCUUCUACAAGGUGCUGACCAAGCAGCAGCAGGAGCAGGCAGCCAGCAAUGACUUCAACUUUGACCACCCUGACGCCUUUGACUUUGACCUCAUCAUCGCCACCCUGAAGAAGCUGAAGCAAGGCAAGAGCGUCAAGAUCCCCAUCUACGACUUCACCACCCACAGCCGGAAGAAGGAAUGGAAAACCCUGUAUGGUGCCAAUGUGAUUAUCUUCGAAGGCAUCAUGGCAUUUGCAGACAAGGAGCUCCUGAAGCUCUUGGAUCUGAAGAUAUUCGUGGACACAGACUCGGACAUCCGCUUGGUGCGCCGCCUGCGCCGGGACAUCAGCGAGCGUGGCCGCGACAUCGAGGGGGUCAUCAAGCAGUACAACAAGUUUGUCAAGCCUGCCUUUGACCAGUACAUCCAGCCCACCAUGAGGCUGGCAGACAUCGUUGUUCCCCGAGGGAGUGGAAACACUGUGGCCAUCGACCUGAUUGUUCAGCAUGUCCACAGCCAGCUGGAAGAGCGUGAACUCAGUGUCAGGGCUGCUCUUGCCUCUGCCCACCAGUGCCACCCCCUUCCUCAGACCCUCAGUGUGCUGAAGAGCACCCCUCAGGUGAGGGGCAUGCACACCAUCAUCAGAAACAAGGAGACCAGCAGAGACGAGUUCAUUUUCUACUCCAAAAGGUUGAUGCGGUUGCUGAUUGAGCACGCACUCUCCCUGCUCCCGUUCCAGAGUUGCACAGUGCAGACCCCUCAGGGACACGACUACGAAGGGAGGACAUACAGUGGGAAGCAAAUCACCGGGGUGUCCAUCCUGCGAGCGGGAGAGACCAUGGAGCCGGCGCUGCGCGCGGUGUGCAAGGACGUGCGCAUCGGCACCAUCCUCAUCCAGACCAACUGCAACACCGGCGAGCCAGAGCUCCACUACCUGCGGCUGCCGAAGGACAUCAGUGAGGACCACGUCAUCCUGAUGGACUGCACGGUCUCCACGGGUGCUGCGGCCAUGAUGGCAGUGAGGGUGCUGCUGGAUCAUGAUGUCCCAGAGGACAAGAUCUUCCUGCUCUCCCUGCUCAUGGCAGAGAUGGGUGUCCACUCGGUCGCCUAUGCGUUCCCCCGGGUGAAGAUCAUCACCACGGCGGUGGACAAGAAGGUGAAUGACCUCUUUCGGAUAAUCCCCGGCAUUGGGAAUUUUGGUGAUCGGUACUUUGGGACGGACGCUCCUCCUGACUGGAGUGAUGAUGAGGAUGCUCUUAGCACUUAGCUGGAUGUGGAGGUGCCACUGGCACCAGGCAGCUUCAGCACCGCACCUUAACCCCUCUGUCCAGUGCAGAUUCCUCCUUCCUCUCACCAAGCAUAGAUAUUUUUUUCAAAUCUUCAUCGGAGAUCUAGGGCAUAUUUUUUCAGAGAAACAUAAAUCCUAGUUUGACUUUAUGGACAGUUGCGUGUCCCAGCAUAGAGCGGAGUUAAUUUAUUUUAAUUUAAAUAUUUGCCUAUAUAACUUAUUUGAAAUAUUUUAUAAAGGACAAUAAUAAAUUUUUUCUCUGGUUUUCUUGAA